AUGCCACCCAAGUUUGAUCCUACCAAACCCGAGGUCGCCGCGCUCAUCAAGGAGUUCGAGGCCUUUGGCCUGAGCACCAACUCUGCGACUGAGCUCGUGCGCACGCCAAAGGCUGGCAACGCCUUCCGUUCUCUCGUCGAUGAGAACGGCCUCGCCGGCAAGUCGUUUGGGAACAACCAGGCCAACGCCCUCGUCAAGCUCUCCGCCGUUAGCACCAAGCUCUCCCCAGAGGCACGCAAGUAUGUGCUCAACCGCAUCGUCGCAGGUGACCUCAAGUCGCCAGACCAGGUGGCUGCUAGCGUCAAGUACCUCGAGAAGUCCCCAUCCCUCCCCGUCGACACUGCUGCCUUUGACAAGGCAUCCGGAGUUGAGCACGCCGCUACCCUCUCCUUCCCACCCAAGUCGUGGUCCGACCAGGGUCCCUUCCUCGGCGGCAUCAAGAACAGCGACUCUGACUUGAAAUGGGCUCCCACCGCCGACCUCAAGGCCGCUGUUGACGCUUAUUUCACUGAAGUCUUCGGGUCCAGAGAAUCUGCAAGCAAGGCGAAGGGCGAGGCCGCCGCUGCGUCCAAGGCCAAGGCUGCAAAGGAGCCCAAGAAGAAGGCUGCGGCCCCCAAGCCUGCUGAGACGACGUACGAGGCAUCGACUUCCAAUUCCCCCUACAUCCCCACGCGCAUCUUUCAGGAGGGAUUCCUCUCCGAGUUCCACAAGGUCGGCGGGAACCCGCAGAUUAGCCUGAAGCUGAAGGAGGAGCAUCUCAAGUGGACCGGCGGCCAGGUCUACACUCGUUUCCCUCCCGAGCCCAACGGGUAUCUCCACAUCGGCCACGUUAAGGCCAUCAUGAUCGACUUUGGCUAUGCCAAGUUCCACAACGGCAGGACAUAUCUGCGCUACGAUGACACCAAUCCCGAAGCUGAGGAGGGCAAGUACUUCCAGUCGAUCCUCGAGACCGUGCGCUGGCUCGGCUUUGAGCCGUGGAAGGUCACGUACUCAAGCGACAACUUUGAUAAGCUGUAUGCUCUCGCGUUGGACCUGACGAAGCGUGGUGGCGCGUACAUCUGCUUCUGUGAUGCGGAGAAGAUCAAGGCGGACCGCGGCGGUGGCAAGGGUAACCCGGUGCCGUGCGAGCACCGGGACCGCUCCAUCGAGGACAACGUCCGCGACCUGGAGAAGAUGAAGAACGGCGUCUACAAGGAGGGCGAGGCGUGCCUCCGCAUGAAGAUGGACCUGACGAGCGGUAACCCGUACAUGUGGGACACGGUCGCGUACCGUGUCAAGAAUGCGCCACACCACCGCACGGGCGACAAGUGGAAGAUCUACCCAACCUACGACUUCACACACUGCCUGUGUGACUCGUUUGAGAAUAUCACCCACUCUCUGUGCACCACUGAGUUUGUUUCUGCCCGCCAGUCGUACGAGUGGCUCUGCGACGCGGUCGAAGUCUACAAACCGCGUCAGUACGAGUUCGCGCGCCUCAACCUCCAGGGCACAUUCCUUUCCAAGCGCAAGGUGCGCCGCCUCGUCGAGCACAACCUCGUCAAGAGCUGGGACGACCCCCGCCUCUACACGAUCAUCGCGCUCCGCCGCCGUGGUAUUCCACCCGGUGCGUUGUUGGCGUUCGUCUCCGAGCUCGGUGUCACCACGCUCGUCUCCGAAACCCAGCUCCAGAAGUUUGAGUCGACCGUGAGGAGGUAUCUUGAGGACACUGCACCUCGUCUCAUGAUGGUGCUCAAGCCCAUCAAGCUCAUCAUUGACAACGUGCCGGACGACUACAAGGUGCCCGUUCAGGUGCCACUGCACCCCAAGGUGCCCGCAAUGGGCUCUGUCGAGACCAUGUUCACCAAGGAGGUGUACAUUGACGCAGAGGACUUCCGCACAGAGGACUCGCCAGACUACUUCCGUCUUGCGCCUGGCAAGAGUGUUGGUCUUUUCAAGGCGCCGUUCCCCGUGACGUGUACGUCGUUCAAGACAGACUCGAAUGGCAACGUCACCGAGAUCCACUGCAACCUCGACAACGAGGGCGAGUUCAAGAAACCCAAGGCCUACAUCCAGUGGGUGCAGGCUCCUGGAGCAGUGCACAUCGACGAGGUGCGCUACUUCCACCCGCUGUUCAAGCACGACCCGCCACCCAAGGACUUUGAGAGCGACGUCAACCCUGACUCGAUCGAGGUGUUUACUGGUGCGGUCGUCGAGCCCGCGUUCUACGAGCUCGCGAAGAAGGAGACCACGACGGCUCGUGCAGAGGCGCACGCGCACACUCAGAAGGCGGCUACCGAGAACGAGGUGGCCAACGAUGAGGCCAAGCCCGCCGACCACGUGCCCCAGGCUCUCGGCGACGAGCCCGUCGUCACCGCCGACCAGCUCGUCGGCAUGGAGAACAUCCGCUUCCAGGCCAUGCGUCUCGCAUACUUUGCCGUCGACUCUGACAGCAAGCUCUCUUGCCUUGACGAGGCGGCUGACGCCAAGCCUGGCAAGCGCCCAGGCGACAAGAUUGUCCUCAACCGCAUCGUGUCACUCAAGGAAGAUGCUGGCAAGAAGGCAUAG